UAAUUACCUAUUUGUCUGUAAGGCCACUAUCGGUAUCGAUUUCUUGUCGAAGACUAUGUACCUUGAAGACAGAACUAUCCGUCUACAACUUUGGGACACAGCCGGACAGGAGCGUUUUCGAAGCUUAAUUCCUAGUUACAUACGUGACUCAUCAGUUGCUGUCGUGGUUUAUGAUAUAUGCAACGUUGAUUCCUUUCAACUAACUUCGAAAUGGAUAGAUGAUGUCAGGAAUGAACGUGGUAGUGACGUUAUAAUAAUGCUAGUUGGCAACAAAACAGACCUGUCAGAAAAAAGGAAGGUGACCACAGAAGAAGGUGAGCGAAAGGCUAACCAGCUCAAUGUUAUGUUUAUUGAAACAAGCGCCAAGGCUGGAUAUAAUGUCAAAGUUCUGUUUCGUCGGAUUGCAACAGAGCUACUCAAUCGAGAGAACCCAGCUCCUCGCCAUGAUGACUAUAUUGAAUUGAAACCAAUGGAACCGCCUCAAGAGACUCAAUGGAAAACCUGUGGUUGUUAAAUACCUAAAUAAAUCCAUUUAUUCUACGUCACUCUGAAAAUUCUUUGGCUGCGGAUGUUAUUUCAUCUGGCACACUACCACUAUACAUUCAUACAUGCAUAUUUAUAGCCUUAAUUGUCGGCUGCCUUCAAGUUUACCCGUCACCAGCUUCGGUGUCUCAUUUCAGUUAACUUAAUUUGUUAAAUUUGGCCUAUAUAUAUAUAUAUAUAUAUAUAUAUAUAUAUAUAU